GUGGCUCCUAGAGCUGCAGGAGGGUUCAGAAGAGGAAACGGAAACGGGGCUGGCCCAGAGGUCCGAAGCUGAGCCAUGGAGGAGGAAGACUGUGGAAUGCAUGGCAAGUGGGCUGUCACUUGGAUCACCAUCAGGAAGCCCAAGGUGCAGGUGGAAGAGGAGCAGAGGCGCUCCAAGAGGAAGAGGGCGGAGGACAGCGCGGACCAGGCCGAGGCCCAGCAAGCAGAGGCACAGAGGAAGCAGAAGAUCAUCGACUGGGUGAUCUCCGUGCUGGAAAACAGCCCCAACCAACACCACAAGCGCAUGGUGAUAGGGCUGUGCCAAAGGGGGAUGAGGCAGAGGGACAGCGGCGACCCCAAGCCCAAAGCCCAGCCUGAACUGCAGCCCAACCCUGAGCCCCAGCCUGAUCCUGUGGAGAAGCCUGAGUCUGGGGCUGACAGCGCGGUCUCAGGGGCUCCCCGCUGCUGCCUCGGCCUCCGCUUUGCUUCCAGGGCAGCCUCCGCCUCCACCAUGGCCUCCACAACCACCUCCACCUCCAACGUGGCCUCCACGUCCACCUCCACCUUCACCUCCACCUAGGGAGUGGACCGAGGGGGCGGAGAAGCACAGGCCCCAGAAACUGGGAGGAGGGGACAGGGGAAGGGAUGUUGGCCUCAUGGAGACCAAGUGUGGACAAUAAAGCACCGUCAAGACACGAAA